AUGCCGCCGCCGGUUGACAACACCGUAGAAAUUGCCAGGCUACGACAGCAAGUUGUUGAAUUAUUGCAGCAACAGAACAAAGGGGCUAUUGUUAAAGCAGGGGCAGUUCACAAAAUGUUGAAGCUUAUAGAAUCUCUGAAUUCUCUAAACCCAUCAGUUUCAGAAGCUAUAGUGGCAAAUUUUAUAGGCUUAAGCGCACUAGACUCUAACAAACCCAUCAUUGGAUCUUCCGGUGCUAUUCCUUUCUUAAUAGAAUCUCUCAAGGAUUUCGAGAAUACCAGUAGCCCACAAGCCAAGCAUCAAGACACUUUGAGAGCCCUGUACAAUCUUUCAAUCUUCCCAUCAAAUGUUUCAUUUAUUCUGGAAACUGAUUUGAUCCCAUUUAUGUUGAGCGCAUUGGGAGACAUGGAAGUGAGUGAGAGAAUUCUUUCAAUUCUGGGCAAUGUGGUUUCAACCCCAGAAGGCCGGAAAGCAAUUGGCGCUGUUCGGGAUGCGUUCCCCAUUUUGGUUGAUGUGUUAAAUUGGAAUGACUCCCCAGCAUGUCAAGAGAAGGCAUCCUACAUUUUGAUGGUUUUGGCCCAUAAAACUUAUGGGUACAGGCAGGCCAUGAUCGAAGCCGGAAUCGUUUCGGCUUUGCUUGAAUUGACACUUUUGGGUUGUACAUUGGCCCAAAAGAGGGCUUCUCGGAUAUUGGCAUGUCUGAGAGUGGACAAAGGGAAGCAAGUUUCAGAGAGAUUUUGUGGGAAUUUGGGUGGUGCUACCGUGUCUGCACCAAUUUGUGGCUCUUCAUCCUCUUCGGCAAAUCCGAAUAUGGGUUCUUCAAAGUGUUUGGAAGAGGAGGAUAUGAUGAGCGAGGAGAAGAAAGCUGUGAAGCAGUUAGUUCAACAGAGGUUGCAAAAUAACAUGAGGAAGAUAGUGAAGAGGGCCAAUUUGCCACAAGAUCUCGUUCCUAUUCACUUCAAGUCACUCACAGCACGUUCAACUUCUAAGAGUUUGCCAUUCUGAGGAGUUGAACCUGCUAAUGUGGGGGAAGGUUUG